CUCGUGUUCCCGUUGUUGGACACCCACUUUUACAGCGUCAACCCUAUGUAGCGGAGGUGAUAGCUAGUCACCUACAACUCUGACCACAGGAUCAGCUUGUUCAGACAUCCUCAGCCUGAGCUUUUACUCCUCAAGAUUGGAUGAGCCCGUUGGUAAGCAGUGCCCAGCUGAGUCUGACGCCCACAGCACACACAGUCUCAGCACCCAUACCCGCACUGCCUGUACCCACACUUCACCACACUGAUCUUUCAGUUAUGUACUCACCUGCUGCCUAUCCUGAUCAGCCCACACCCUACCCCUUACCCACAUUAGGGGGGGAACAGUCGGCCUUUUACUCACCAACGGCUGCAGGACUCGAACUGAAGGAUUCCUUGGCAGCGUCCCCAAUGGCACCUACGUGGCCUUACCCAUCAGUGUACUACCCCUACGACACCGCCCUCGCCUCCUACCCAUUUGCUGGAUACGGCGUAGGACUCGACGCGGCGCGCAGGAAGAAUGCCACGCGCGAAGCGACGGCGACGCUGAAGGCGUGGCUGAACGAGCACAAGAAGAACCCUUAUCCCACAAAAGGAGAAAAGAUCAUGCUGGCCAUUAUUACCAAAAUGACGCUCACACAGGUCUCCACCUGGUUCGCUAACGCUCGUCGUCGGUUGAAAAAGGAAAAUAAGAUGACGUGGGAACCUAGGAACAAAACGGAUGACGACGACGAUGACGACGAUGAUAAAGACGAUGAGAAGAUAGACGAUAAGGAAGAUAAAGAUGACGAUGAUAAGAAGGACGAUAAAGAUGUGAUGUUCACGGAAAGCGAGAAAGACAAGAAGGACGUGGACGUGGGUCGUUCCAGCGUCGGCGGAACGGGGUCCAGUUCCCCCGGGGCCCCUCCGACAGAUGUGGCUCACCCCAAGCCCCGCAUUUGGUCCCUGGCUGACAUGGCAACCUCAGGAGGACUCGGCAGCGGCAGUGCAGGCGGACUAGGAGGACUGAGCGGCGGGGCGGGGAAGAUGAUGGGUGGCGGCAUGGCGCGCGGGUUGCACCUGGAGGGGUCCCCCUACCCCCGCCCACUUUUCCCUCACGCCUCUUAUCCUUACAUCCCUCACAGCGUCGGGGAAUCCUUGCUCUCCUACUCCUACAGCAAAUCCUUAGCCGCCGGAUUCCCUCCCGUGUCGCUUUCCGACGUCACUACGGCAGGACUCCUGGCCCCGUCGCCCCUCGUCCACGAACUGUCUCGCCACGACCUCACCAGACACGACCUUUCGCGACCGGAGAUAACGCGUCCCGAAGCCCUGCGACCUGACCUCGCCCGUGACCUAACACGUGAUUUGGUCCGAUCGGACCUGGCCCGCCCAGAACCCCAUCGGCCGGAGCCCCGCCCCGCCAUGGAUAAAGAUGUGUGAUGACUUUCUCAGUGCGCGUUAGUGUCAGGACGUUAACGACCCUUCCCAAUGAGGGACAGGCGCCUUCAUCGUUGUCGAGGGGUCACUCGCGAAACCGUGAUGGGGCCAUGAAUCUGUACAGACCGAGACCCUCCUCCUCAGUGUAGAGACAAUCCCAGUGACGUCCCACCCCAAAAGCAGAAAGCACAAUUGGGUCGUUACCGUCGACAGGCACCCCGGGACCAAAUGGGUCCAGUGCAUUAUGGAAAGGACCUCCUCACCCGGGCGGUAGCAUAUGUCACUGGGAAUCCGUUCAGGAAAAAACAAGAAAGUGCAGCUAUAAGUACCUUUGACACGGGGUGGGGGAGGAGGACUGGGGCCUCAUAAGCAACGAGUAUAAAUAAAUCUGCUUGGGACCUCACAAGCAGAGCGAGUGUGAUGACUCUGAGGCCGCGGUUUCCAGAUGUCACAAAGAUCGGGGGGAAUUUUUGUCUCACCCUGGGAACAUUUUUGCCAGAGAUAAGAUGAUCAUAUUUUCUUAUGUUACUUUUGUUUAGCCGUUAUGUUGUAUCACUACAAACAACCAAAGAUAUUUAAUUUAGGACGUUCCUGCAUGUUGACAAUGAAAUAUAAUGUUUCUUUUACUUUCGUCUCCCUUCCUCAUUUUAUCAACUCUUAGCAGUGGAUAGUUGACUAUGAAUUCCGCAUAAUGAAACAUAUCACAGUGCAAAGAAUCUAUAUGUGAUUAUGAGUUGAUGUGCUUUGUGUACAUGACUUUCUUUGUUUGUGAUUGAUGUGUUACCAAAAGGAAUAGAACAUUUCCUCUCUCUCUCUCUCUCUCUCUCUCUCUCUCUCUCUCUCUCUCUCUCUCUCUCUCUCUCUCUCUCUCUGCUAUGGUGUGACGACAAACACACGUGCCAAAAUUAAACCAAUAGAACUUCAUACCUGAAAAGCGAACUUGAAAACAAGGUGUAGCUACUAACUUUUAGACAUAGUAUUUUUACCUAUUGUUGCUCUCGGUGGGGUGUCCAAAAACAUGCGAAAGAAUCCAAUUUCAAAAACAAAAACCAUAACUUUCGUAUCCCUGGAAUGCAUCGGCACUUCCGUUUAAAAUGUGAAAAAGUUCUUGGCUAGAAAAAUUUCUCAUUAUUUCCCAAUACCAGACGUGCGCCAAAAUUCGAACGCCAAAUCUCUCAUUGAAGAAUAUUGUCCUUCUUUAAGUUGAGAGCAUUGGCAGGGUCAUUUUAUACCCAGCAAAAAUCAUCAAGUCUUGAAAAAAAAUCGAUCUUUGCUUUUCGGGGAUUUUACACUUGUGUUGGGAAAGUGAAAAAAAAAAUCUUUCGGGGAUACAUAAAUCAUUAAGGCUCGUAAAGUUAAAUCCGUAAGGGCGAUUUAGCCAGCCUUUUCUAUUCCUAAAUGGCUCCUUUUGGAUGAAACUUUGGGGCCGUGAUGAGUAAAACACAAGAGAAAGUUACUUAAUAAAUCGUCCAGGAUCCAGAAACAGUGUUUAUGCACCUUGAGAAUUUCGUAUCGGAGUGAUUUUGUACAUAUGUAAUAUAAAAUGAUAUUUGAACAAAUAAAUAAUUGUGAUACGUACUAU